AUGAGGAGGAUGAAGCAGCGCGUGCUGCUCGCCUGGCCAUGGUUGUGGCUGUGGCUGCUCGCGGCCACAGCGGGUACCCCGUCUUCCGACACUUUCGCGCCAACCACGUUCUCGUCGUCAGCCAGUAGCAGCAGCAGCAGCAGCAGUAGCAGUGGUAUCAGCAGCUUGAUCACCAGAUCGUUCUCUCCGACGCUCCCGACCUCUACGUCCGCGUCCUUCGCUGAAGACUUUCCCUUCCCUCCUGGUCACGAGUUUCGUUUCACCCUACCGUUGUACAAUGUCUCCAUCCCGGAGAACUCGAUCGGCAAGACGUACGUUGUGCCUGAGGAAAGGAUGGGCAUAAAGUUGGCGUCGCCUAACAGCAACUUCGACAUACGUUUUCGUAUAAUGAGUGGCGACCGCGACAAGUUCUUCAAAGCUGAGGAACGCACCGUGGGUGAUUUUUGUUUUCUCCUGAUUCGGACUCGAACCGGUAACGUGGACGUGUUGAACCGCGAACGCAAGGACCGUUACGUGCUAGAGGUGCGCGCCACUCUGACCAAAGGCGACGGUAAGAACCGGGUGACCAUCCUGGAGGCGGACACUACGGUCGUGGUGACCAUUCUGGAUACGAACGACCUGAACCCACUGUUCUAUCCAACCGAGUACGAGGCAACCAUCACGGAGGACACGCCUCUGCACCGCAACAUACUCAGGGUAAUAGCCGAGGACGCCGAUCUCGGCAGGAACGGCGAGAUUUAUUACAGCUUCACCGAGGAGACCGAUCAGUUCGCCGUUCAUCCGGUCAGUGGGGUAAUAACGCUCACCAGGCCGCUCAGAUACUCAGAGCGAGCUGUCCACGAACUAGUGGUGCUAGCGAAGGACCGUGGCGCCCUCUUUCGUAGUGGAGGUAGUAGUAGAGCUAGCACAGCAACGGUGAAGAUCAAAGUACGUCAGGUGAACCUGCACUCGCCUGAGAUCUACGUGCACCACCUGCCAGAUAUCGUGGAACACUCAAAUGCCGACAUCUAUGCGAUCGUCCGAGUGAACGACAUCGACGAAGGUAUUCAUGGACAGAUCGCAAGUCUGGACAUAGUGGGCGGAGACCCAGCCGGUCAUUUCAGAAUUCGACCUGCUGGUGGACCUCACUCCGGCGAAUUCAACAUCGAAGUAUUACACCUACUUGAUCGAGAAACCGCGGAACAAGGUUACAACUUGACCCUUCGCGCGAUGGAUCGAGGCAUCCCUCAACGCAUCAGCUACAAAUUUGUGCCUGUUCAUUUGGCCGACCUGAACGACAACGCACCAGUAUUCAGUCGAGAGAUCUACGAGGUGAAGGUACCUGAGACGGCGCCAAUCAACACGCCAGUGAUCAGGUUAAAAGUGACGGACGCGGACGAGGGGAAGAAUGCGUUGGUGUCUCUAGAGAUCGUGGGCGGGAACGAAGGUGGAGAAUUCUACGUGAACGCGGAGACAGGAAUGCUGUACACAGCGGCGAACUUGGACGCUGAGAAAAAGGCCUUCUAUACACUGACAGUGUCCGCGGUGGAUCAAGGGAACGCAGGUACGAGAAAACAGUCGUCAGCCAAGGUAAAGAUCAACGUGGUCGACACGAACGACAACGACCCGACGUUCGAUCAGUCGAAUAUGGAAGUGUGGAUCGACGAGAACAAGCCGGCCGGUACAUCGGUCGUGAAGAUCACCGCGAAGGAUCGUGACUCAGGCGAGAACGCCUACAUCUCGUACAGCAUCGACAAUAUCCAGAAGGUGCCGUUCGAAAUCGACCACUUCUCCGGCAUCGUGAAGACCAAGCAGGUGCUUGACUACGAAACCAUGAAGAGGGAGUACUUGCUGCAUGUGCGGGUCAGCGAUUGGGGCCUGCCUUACCGACGUCAGGCCGAGAUGCAGCUGCGCGUGAAGCUGCGCGACGUGAACGAUAACAGGCCCCAGUUUGAAAGGAUCGAUUGCACCGGCCACGUGCCACGGUACGUACCCAUAGGCUCCGAGAUCAUCACCGUGUCAGCCAUCGAUUUCGACGCGGGCAACAUCAUCAGUUAUCGCAUUGUCUCCGGCAACGAGGAUGGUUGCUUUGCCCUGGACUCGGCCAGUGGCGUAUUAUCUGUCGCCUGUGACCUAUCGGACGUCAAAGUUUCUGAGAGAAUGGUGAACGUCACAGCCACUGAUGGGUCUCACUUUGCUGACGUAAACCCUGUACAUAUACACCUGGUGAACGCGAAACGGAACUUAGGUUCACAGGCAAGGAUCCUGUCGGAUCAGACUGGUGCCUUCGAGUGUAGAGACACUGGGGUCGCUCGACGAUUGACGGAAGCCAUCGCAGCAGCAGAGAGGAACGACAUGCCCUCCAAGGAUGACGAGUACACGCUGAUCCCAAGUAGAUACGGUGAGAACGUGCACGCGCCAGAAUUCGUCGAUUUACCCAGUGAGAUAAAGGUCAACGAGUCUGUGAAGAUCGGUACGACUCUGGUGAGAAUCCACGCUAGGGACAGGGACUUGGACUACAACGGGAAACUAGUGUUCUGCAUUUCGGGCGGUGACAGAGACUCCGUGUUCGGUAUCGAUCCCGACACUGGUGAUCUGAACGUGAUAGGUUACCUGGACAGGGAACGCGAGAGCGAGUACUUUCUGAACAUCAGCGUGUACGACUUAGGCAAACCGCAAAAGUCCGCAUCGCGGAUGUUGCCAGUCACGAUACUCGACGUGAACGACAACGCGCCAAAAUUCGAGAAGUCCCUGGCGAGCUUCCGGAUAUCAGAGACCGCGCUGAACGGAACGAACGUGUGGCGGGCGAACGCGACCGACUCGGAUCUAGGGGAGAACGCGCGCGUCACUUAUUCCCUAGUGACCGAAACCAACGAUUUCCGCGUGGACUCUGUGACGGGUGUGUUGAGUGUUUUCGGGAGAUUGGACAAGGAACGGCAGGAGAUCUACGAGCUGAGGAUACGGGCACAGGAUAAUGGCGGCAGAGGGACCGAUGCGCCACCAUUGUACUCGGAUGCUUUAGUCAGGGUGACGGUAGAUGAUGUGAACGACAAUGCUCCCAGUUUUGCGCUGUCCAGUUAUACGGUGAAGAUUCGAGAGGACGUGCCAAUAUGGACUGUAGUUGCUGUGGUGGACGCGACUGAUCCAGAUGAGGGCGCUGGUGGCGAUAUCGAGUACUUCUUGUCCGACACUAUGGAGAGCGAGGGUUAUUUCAAAGUAGACAAAGUGUCCGGUACUAUCAGGAUCACUCAGAGUUUGGACUUCGAGGAACGCCAGGUACAUACUCUGACAAUAGUGGCAAAGGACAGGGGUGAGCCGUCCUUAUCCUCAGAGACGAUGGUCAUUAUCGAAGUGGUCGACGUGAACGAGAAUCUUCACACGCCAGUGUUCGAUGAUUUCGUAAUGGCCGCGAGUGUGUUCGAGAAUCAGCCUGUCGGGACCCUAGUGACUACUGUGCAUGCCAAGGACGCGGACCCACUAGGCGGGGACUCCAGGAUUGGAUACACCAUACGAGGCGGCGAUGGCAUCGGGAUUUUCUCCAUCGACAAUGAAGGUGAGUACCUAAUGAUUCCUUUGUUUUAUUGGCUUUCAUUAGUUGGACUGAGUCGCAGAAAUGUUCCAACACCUCCAACUGUACCACUUCAACCGUUUAUUUCGUAUGAGAGUACCUGUUGCGAUAGCGACUUUGAACAAAUGUUACAUUUUUGUAAACGUUGCGGAGGUUAA